AUGAGCAAAACAAUUAUAAAAUAUUCAAAAUUGACAUCGCUUUUAUUUAUUCUUAUUAUUAUGAUUUCAUUUGGAAAUGCGGCAGAUUCAGAUAAAAGAAAUGUAAAAUUGGCAAAAUCUAUUGGAUAUCGACAAGAGUGAGUUAUUAAAUGAAGAAAAAACAUUAAUUACAAUUUAAUUACAGUCUUUUGAUAGUUGGUGGAACAAUUAAUGCAUUUCUAUCUACAAUUAAUAUUAUAAUUGCUGGUAUUAAUUUGAUAAUUAUCUAUUUUAAAGUGAGUUGUAAUUAGGAUGACAUUUCUGAAAAUGUUUUUUUUUAGUUCCAACAUUGUAUGCUGCUUAUUCGAACAAAAUUGAUUAUUGCGAUAAACGAAGUUGCAUCAAAGGAUUUGCAUCCAAAACUCAAAUGUUCGUAAAUUUCAAAAUUAUGGGAGAAUGAGGGUUAUUUCACGAGAUAUCGGGCUAAGAGUAACCAUCAAAGUUUUUAAGUCUAACAAUUGCUAGAAUUGGAGUAGAAAAGUGAAUAAUUUUGCCAGAAUAAUCUUUUGAUUACUGUAGGUCCUGUCAUGCCUUUUUUCUGUAUUCUAGAAUUUCAACGUUGUUCGAGACGGGCCAUGAAUUCAAAAGAUUUUAUCAAAACUUUCCCUGAGAAAUGCGAAAAUUCCUCCUCCUUCCAUAAAUAUUCUUCAACUCAACUGUCUGAUUUUUUCAGUUGGUCUUCUUCAUUAUUCCUAUGAUACAACUAAACAACUUCCAACAACAUUCCAAUUAAUCAGCGAAAAAGGUCCAUUUGAUAAUUUGAAUGAUUUGUUCCCGAAUCAAAAAGAAAUGCGUGUUCGUAAGAAGAAUAUUGGACCUGAAGGAUCUGGACCAACUUCUGAAGCCGCUCAGAGUUCCAAACAAUCAACUAGAAAUAAUUCCGAAACAUCAACGACUGAUAGUAAAAUGUAA